AUGUUGUAUAUUCUUAAAGAUACCUUAAAAAUAAAAUCCCAAAUUAAGAGAUCGCCACUUGCUUUUGAAGCAGUUUUUCAAUACUAUGCUAAUGGAGUUGUGCACAAACCCCCUGAAUUAUGUCCUUCCGCAUUUAGUGCCGAACUUGAAUUUUGGCGUGUGCCAACAAGCUAUAUUGGCGCUUGCUGUUCUGAUUCGGUUUCACCACUUGAACGGCUUCUAGAGUCAAGUAAAGAGGAUAAAGUGGAUGAUACAAGCUUUGAGAAAUUGAGAUUUGGGCAGUUUAGACGAAGAAUGUGGACAUUUUUGGAGAGACCAGGGUCGUCUAUGCAGGUUUUCGAAUUAUCUUCAACAAUGUUUGUUAUGAUAUCAGUUCUUGGCUUAAGUUUUGGAACAAUACCUGAUUUUCAGGUUAUCGAAUACGUCUCUUCUGGAAACCAGACAAUUAUGCUUCCAAACGGAACAGAAAUAAUUCAAGAAGAUAUAGAACCAAUAAGGAUCGAACAUCCAAUAUUUGUAUUUACCGAGCGUGUUUGUAUAGCCUUCUUUACAAUAGAAUAUUUAUUGAGGCUUUUUGCGGCACCGAGAAAAUUGAGAUUUGUUUUGAAACCUCUCAAUUUGGUUGACCUUCUGGCAAUUAUGCCCUUUUAUUUAGAACUUAUGUUGACUUUAAUGGGGGUAGAUGACAAAAAGUUGAGAGAUUUGCGUUGGGCUUUUUUGGUUGUACGUAUUUUGAGGGUAUUAAGGGUUAUUAGAAUAAUUAAACUUGGACGGUUCUCUUCUGGUUUGCAGACUUUUGGAAUGACUUUGCAAAGGAGUCAAAAACAAUUGCAAAUGAUGACUAUUGUAUUGUUAACUGGGGUUGUCUUUUUCUCAACUAUGAUAUACUUUCUUGAGAAAGACGAGAAAGGUUCACCCUUCACCAGCAUUCCAGCUGCUUAUUGGUGGUGUAUUGUUACAAUGACUACUGUCGGGUAUGGAGAUGUUGUGCCAGCAACUACAAUGGGUAAAAUAAUUGCUUCUGCCGCUAUAAUGAGUGGAGUGCUUGUAUUAGCUCUACCCAUCACAAUUAUUGUCGAUAAUUUUAUCAAAGUAGCUCAAGAAGAACAACAAACAGAACAAUUCAAAGCAGAAUUAUUAGCUAUGGAGGAACAAGAAAGGCAAUUACAACAAGAGCAAGAACAAAGAAGAUUAAAAUUUAAUCAAUCACAAAAAGAAAUUUUAAUAAAUAAUAGGGAGGAAAAUAGAGGAAAUAAUGAAGAUAACCAAUUAAUUAGUGGAAAACAACCCUUAAUUUUUGUAUCAAAUGCUUAA